GCCAUCCUUGUUGCCAGUGGUGUUUCCUUCUGUAUUAUAUUGUAAAUAAUCUCAUCAACCAUGUCUGAUAACAAUCAGGGACAAGCUUCUAAUAAUAACCUUACGGGCAACGCUUCAGAUAUUCAGCCAGUUGGUGGUUCUUCAACUAAUAACAGUAAUGGGGCUAAUGCUGGACUGUCGGGUGCUGCAGCUGCUAGGGCACCCGCCAAUCGAAGCCAGCAACCUCAAUUGUCUCAAGCAGACUUGAAUCGAAUUGUGUUGGAGUAUCUUAAUAAGAAAGGAUACCAUAAGACGGAAUCAAUGCUUAGAUUGGAAAGUACAAAUACACCAACACCACCGGGACCAAAUGUUAAUCCAUCCAACACACCACUUGGUAAUCCAGGAGAAAUAUCGAGACGGGAAAAAGACUUGAAAGAAAAACAUACUAGAACCGAAAAAGAGUUAAGAGAUUUGAAAGAAAAACAACAUCAAUUACAUGAACAAUUGAAGCUGAUGAAAGAUAGCGAAUCAAGAUUACAAGCAGAAAAACGAUUAAGAGAAUUAGAAGACGAGGAAAAACGUAAAAGAGAAGAUGAUCCCGAUGUUUACAAUAGAGCGUAUUCCAUCUUGAGAAAUUGGGUAGACACUUCUCUUGAUUUAUAUAAACCUGAGUUAUCGAGAAUUUUAUUCCCAAUUUUCAUUCAUUGCUAUCUUGAGUUGAUCCAAAAGAACUUGGUUGCUUACCUGAAAGAGUUUUUGGAUGAUUUCAAGAGUGAUCAUGAAAUUCUUCACGGUUUGGAAAUUCAACAGUUGGCCAAGAUUUCAACUCCUGACCAUAUACAAACUCAUGAAUUGGCUCAAGCUUAUCGUAAAAAUAAAUAUAAUAUCAUUGUUUCCAAAACAAGUUUAAAUUUAUUACUUUAUUUUUUACACGAAAAUGAAGCCGUGGGUGGUGCCAUUUUAAUUAGAAUUUUGAAUCAAUACUUAAAUCCAAUCACUCUAACCACUACAAAACCAGAUAAGAUAGAUCAAGAGGGUGAAGCUAAUCCUCAAGAGGGUAUACCCGGGUAUAUCACUCGUACCAAUGAAAUUGAAAAAUUUAAUGAACAACCAGUCACUUUGGGUAAAUUACCCAUGGAUCCAGAAGUUGAAAAAGAAAUCGAAGCCGAGCUCAAAGUCAAAGAUGAAAAGACUUCACCUGUAAAUGGCGUGUCAUUGGUUGACGAAUUCAAAAAAAUUACAGAACCAGAACAGGAUUCUCCAGCCCGUGAAUCUCUACCAUUACCUUUAAAAGAUGCUUCCGAUAUCAAAAGAGCUAUAUUGGAAGUCGAAGACUCAAGAUCAAAAAUUAAAUUGGGCGCAAUCCAAGCAAGUGCUCCUUCUGUUUGUAUGUAUACUUUCCACAAUACUAAUAAUAACAUGAAUUGCAUUGAAUUCAAUAAUGAUUCAAAUAUCGUUGCAGCAGGUUUCCAAGAUAGUUCAAUCAAAUUAUGGAGUCUUGAUGGAAAACCUUUAAAAUCCAUUUUCAAAAAAGAUCGUCAAAAUAAUGAUAAUACCAGAAAACUUAUUGGACAUAGUGGACCCGUUUAUGCGUUAUCUUUUAGCCCGGAUAAUCGCUAUUUAAUUUCUGCUUCAGAAGAUAAGACAAUAAGAUUAUGGUCUUUGGACUCUUACACUGCAUUAGUGGUUUACAAAGGACAUAAUCAACCUAUAUGGGAUAUCAAGUUUAGUCCAAUGGGACAUUACUUUGCUACUGCAUCUCAUGAUCAAACAGCUAGAUUAUGGGCAACCGAUCAUAUCUAUCCUUUGAGAAUCUUUGCCGGACACAUAAAUGACGUGGACUGCGUUGCGUUCCAUCCAAACUCAAGCUAUGUUUUCACCGGUUCCUCCGAUAAAACAUGUAGGAUGUGGGAUGUUCAAACUGGUUCUGCAGUAAGAAUUUUCAUGGGCCAUACUGGACCCGUUAAUUGUAUUGCCGUCUCUCCUGAUGGCAGAUGGCUAGCAAGUGCUGGAGAAGACAGUGUAAUAAACGUUUGGGAUGUUGGUUCAGGAAGAAGAUUGAAGACCAUGAGAGGUCACGGUAGAUCGUCAAUUUACUCCUUAGCUUUCUCUAGAGAAGGUGACGUGCUAGUCAGUGGUGGUGCAGACAGUACUGUCAGAGUGUGGGAUGUCAAACGUAAUACCAACGAAGCAGGACCCGAACCAGAGGCUUUCAGUCUUGAAAACAAUUCUAAUAAUGAUACAAAAGGUGGUAAUAGUAAUGGAAUCCCCAACGGAAAUUCCGAAAACACAAAUGCUUCCAACAAGGCAUCUGGCCCUAACAAAUCCAAUGAAAGAUCUAAUAGGAAGGAAAUUAUCGCCAGUAGCGACCAUAUGACUGCAUACUUCACCAAAAAGUCUCCUGUCUACAAAGUCCACUUCACCAGACGUAACCUUUGUCUUGCUGGUGGCUCAUUCCUUUCUUAAAACUAUUGCUAAUCUUUUUAAACUAAUGAACGUAUACUUCUUUUACGCCCUCUGAUACACUCUUUACCAGGGAAUUUCUGUCGUAGUUAUAUAUAGCUUAUAACCUAAUUCACUAAUAAAAUAGAAAAGAAGCGGAAAAUCCAAAGCUUC